CGCAGGUUAGGGGCUACAGAGUUUGGUCAUAUGGCAGACUCGCAGCUACGCAGCAAUGCUUACGAAUGGGAUCCAAGUGGUCAGGGUAGCAGUUAGUUUGGUCACAGUAAAGCAGUAAAAGGAGAUAGGUCUAGGCGUUCUUGGUCAGACCGAGAGGAGGCUACGUUUUUAGCUGCACUUAAGGAAUUGGUUGCAAUUGGGUGGAAAUCUGAUAAUGGUUUUAGAGCGGGGUAUUUACAACGACUGGAGGAAUCAAUGAAAAAGGAAUUUCCAAAAACCGACAUAAAGGCUCAUCCCCAUGUUUACUCGAAGUUCAGCACUUGGAAGAAGAACUAUUCCUCACUUUGUACCAUGCUCGACCGUAGCGGGGUAGGCUUCAAUCUACACGAUGACUACAAAAUAGAGUGUGACGACGAGCAAUGGGCUCAGAUUGUGCAGAAGGACAGCAACGCGAGAUACAUGCGCAACAAAUCUUGGCCUCAUUGGGAUUCAUGGAAAGAGAUCUUCGGGAAAAAUUGUGUUGUUUGUGUGCGUGCAAAAGAUGCAGGGGAAGCUGUUGCUAAGAUGAAGGCUUCACAAGAGCACACCAAUGGUUAUGUGGAGGGCGAUUACCAUGUGAGCUUGGACGAGCUAUUUCCUGAUGAAGUAGUAGCUGAACAUGUCAUCCUAGAGCAAGGAGAGGGAAGUCAUACUCAUGGGGAGAAGCCUGCACAAAAAAAAACAGUUAAAAACGGAGGUAAAAAACGCAAAUCUGUAGACCAACUUGAGCGUGUCCUUGAUAUCAUGAAUAGGAUAACUGGAAAUACUAGUGAACGGCUAGAGACCUUAUCCAAAAGGAUUGGGUACGAGUUUGAACAAAGUGAUAAGAGGGAGGAGGUGUACAAGCUACUAGGGCACAUCUCCGGGCUAACAUUGAGGCAGAAGUUUUACAUAUCUGCCAAACUUGUGAAAGAGUCGGAGCUGUUGGAUCUCUUCCGGAGUAUGCCGGAGGAGGACCGCCCGGAAUUUGUGGUGUUCAUGCUGGAAAGUGAUGGCUUUAUUUGAUGGAGAUGUUUGGUUGCCGGUUUUGCAUCCGUUUUGGUGGCAUCUUUCUGCAAUUGUUGGAUUGUUUAGUAGCUUCUUUUGGUAUUAUGACUCUGUAUUGUCCCAAGUAUCCAACUUCAUGCUAGAUUAUUUUGUAUGGAUCGAACUAAAUGACUUUGUAAUUUUUGUAAAGAUGCUUAGUUUAAUUUAAUAUGACCCAUGCUUGAUUAUUUUCCAUAGCA